GCUGCUCUGUGAAGUCUGCUCAGUGUCACUCCUCGGGUCAUCUCUCGUGUGCCCUAGACAAUGGCGGCGGCGGCGGCGCUUCCUGUAGCCAAGACGGCACCGGAUCUGCCAGAAAUGGAUCUGAUUAGCUCUCUCCCCGGUGAGAUCCUCAGCAUAAUCAUAUCCCUCCUCCCCAUAGGCUCCGCCGUGCGCACUACAUCCCUCUCCCGCCGCUGGCGCCCUCUAUGGCGCUCCUCCCCGCUCAACCUCGACAUCUCCCACAUCGACGGGUGCGGCCGCGACCGCGCCGCCGCCGUGUCCAAGAUCCUCUCCGACCACCCGGGCCCUGCACGCCGCUUCCUGACCGCCUGCCUCCAGAUCACCGACCCCGACGGCUGGCUCGGCUCCCCCGCCCUCCGAGACCUCCAGGAGAUCGACUUCUGGCUCCCUCGGUACGAAAUUCCGAUGCCACUGUCCAUUCUCCGCUUCGCGGCGACCCUGCGCGUGGCCCGCUUCGGCAAUUGCAGGUUCUUUGAGUACGACGCGCCACCGUCGUUUAACUUCCCUUGCCUUGAGAAGCUCACCAUGAGAUUUAUUUUCGUACGGGAAGACACCCUCCACUGCCUGCUCGAUGGCUGCCCUGUCCUCGAGAGCCUGCUGCUGGACAGGUGCCACGGCUUCUACUAUAUGGUCAUCAAUUCACUAACUCUUAAGAGAAUCGGCACAAAUGGCGGUCGGCAUGGCUGUCAACUAGUUAUAGAAAAUGCCCCCAGACUAGAAAAAUUGAUCAGGACUGACCUUCAUCCAGAGUCAACCAUCCGGCUAAUCAAGGCACCGAAACUUGAGAUCUUUGGCUUCAUGACAGACGACUUUACUAAACUCAAGCUUGGGUAUGAAAUUUCUCAGGGAAUGGUUGCUGGCAACUUGAAAGCUCUGAUGCGCAGCGUCAAGGUUUUGCAUCUCACGUCUAGUGGCCCUAAUCUUGAUGCAGCUAUAGCCUUCCUCAAAAUAUUUCCUUGCUUGGAGAAGCUCUACAUCACGUCAUGUCCAGGAAAUGAUAUGGAGAAUGUGCAUCACCUUCAACCACAAGAUCCUAUUGAAUGCCUCGAUCAUCUCAGAGAAGUAGAGUUGAAGUUUUAUGUUGGCAGCAGAUCGGAUGUCAACUUUGCCAAGUUCUUUCUCCUGAAUGGUAAAGUGCUCGAGUCAAUGAUAUUUGGUGUCAAGGACCAAUAUACUGAGGAAUGGGUAGCUAAUCAACACAGUCAGCUACAUGUUGAUAGCAGGCCUUCUCCAAAUGCUCAACUUGAAUUUACAGCUGCUGAUGGUGGCAACCUUUUGACCAUAUUCCGUUCUUGACGGAUCCCUCCAGUCACCUUGUGGACAUUGUGGACAAGGUUGACUAGAUUGUUGUGCCCCUUCAGGUUUUUUGGCGCCUGUCCUGUCACUGUGCAAAACUGGAAACAUGGCACUUUGUGACUUUAUGUGUAAUGCUUUAGAGAUUGUCAUGCAACUAUGUUACUUGUCA